GAAACCGCGAUCGUGGUACCGUUACAGAUCGAGCUCGGUUAGUCCUAUCCAACUGUUGGUGUUAUUUCAAUUGAAGUGCUUCGUGCUAAAUGUUUGUCGUUGAACAUGUUGUAUGCGAUCGCGAGACAGGGACAUUUGUUAAAUUAAUUGUAUUAUUAUAGGAACAUACUGUAGCCGUGUCACAGGAAGGAAGCAACGAACAAUGCCUGUAUACGACAUAGGCGGUGUUCCGGUGGAUUUUCCUUUCGAGCCUUAUCAGGUGCAGAGGGAUUAUAUGUCGAAGCUGCUCCAGUGCCUGCAGCAAAGCACGAACGGCCUGCUGGAAUCACCCACCGGAACCGGCAAAACUCUCAGCAUCCUGUGCGCCUCCUUGGCCUGGCUGGUGCACUCCAGAUCACACGUAAAUCGCGUUAACGGCGGCGGACAGGGUAGUUUAACCAACUCAUGUUUUUCGUUUUUUUUUUCACAGGAAGCAGCACGUUUUCCAAUUAAACUCGAGCUGCCUGAGCAUAGCCAUUUGGGUGCUGCGUUUGAGCACAAUGCAACGAAGGCUGGGCGCACGAAAAUUAUCUAUGCGUCGCGCACUCACUCGCAGCUAUCACAGGCAAUGCAGGAGCUAAAGAAAAGCAGCUACAACUAUGUGCGGGCAAUCGUGCUCGGCUCGCGCAUACAGCUCUGCAUUCAUCCGGAUGUUCCGAAAUCCGAGAACAAUGCCACCGUGACCUACCUGUGUAAAGAGAAGGUGGCGACACGUAGCUGCGUUUAUUAUCGGCGCGUGGAACAAAUGAAGGAUAGCUCGGAGCUGGCCAACGUACCGAUACUGGACAUCGAAGAUCUGGUGACGGUUGGCAGCCGGACCAAGGCGUGCCCGUUCUAUCUGUCGAAGGAGAUGGUCGAGAGGGCGGAUAUUAUCUUCAUGCCGUACAACUAUCUGCUGGAUGCGAAGGCGCGCAAGGCCAACAAUCUCGAGCUGCAGAACAGCGUGAUCAUCUUGGACGAGGCGCACAACGUCGAGCGGAUGUGCGAGGACUCUGGAUCGGCCGUGCUUAGCUCCACCGAUAUCGCGCUCGCGAUCGAGGACGUGUCUCACGUGAUGGAGACGAUGGGCGAGUCGGCAAGUGUACCGGGUCUGGCCGAGACGGAAAAUGAGAAGAAAGAGUUUUCGUUGCACGAGCUAUCAUUGCUGAAGCAACAGCUGCUGGAUCUAGAAAAAUCUGUGGAUGACAUCGCGUUUCCGGCCUCCCAGCGCGAAGUAAACUUCUCUGGGAGCUACAUUUUUGGUCUACUGGCGAAAGCAAGUGUACAUUUUCACAAUGUGUCAGGCGUUGUGUCACUGUUCGGUGCAAUCACAGGUUACCUUACGACGCUGUCGGAGCGCAAUAGCUUCAAGCGGCGCGGCUCCGGCUUGCAAGCUGUGAGCGACUUCCUGGAAAUCGUGUACGCGGGCCAAGGAGAGGAGUACAUAGCGGCGGUACGGCGGUGUUUCAAGGUGUACGUUGUGGCCGAGGAACCGAAACAAACUAAGCGCAAUUUUAAGCGAGCAGACGGGUGGACGGCCACGAAUCAGCCAGCCGCGCACGCCCCGCUCAAAAGCUCCGCCAAGAUCGUGCACUUUUGGUGUUUCAAUCCAGGCUUCGGUAUGAGGCAGUUAGCGAGCCGGGGCGUACGUAGUAUCGUACUUACAAGCGGUACGCUCGCCCCGCUCACACCGCUCAUCAACGAGCUUAAUAUUUCAAUCCCGGUGACUCUGGAGAACCCACACAUCAUAGAUCGGAGCCAGGUGCUGGUUCGAGUGAUAGCGAAGGGUUCUGAUGGUCAGCUGCUCUCCUCAGUCUACAACAACCGAAAUAACCCGGAUUAUAUUCGCUCACUUGGCCGCACGCUGCUCUCCGUCUGUCCGGUUAUACCGAACGGCCUGCUUGUCUUCUUUCCCUCGUACACAGUACUGGACAAGUGCGUUGAAGGUUGGCAAUCGGGGGGCCUGUGGUCGGAAAUCAACAACCGGAAAGCCAUCUUCGUUGAACCGCGCACUAAGGACGCGUUCAACACCACAAUGGAUGAGUUCUACCAACGUAUUCAGGACACGCAGGCGAAGGGUGCUAUCUUCCUAGCCGUCUGUCGUGGCAAGGUGUCGGAAGGGCUAGACUUCGCUGACAUUAAUGGGCGGGCGGUACUGAUCACCGGAUUGCCGUUUCCGCCGCUGCACGAUCCACGGGUCGUACUCAAGAAGGAGUACUUAACCAGUAACCGAACGCCGGAGAACCGUUUGAUCACGGGAGAUGAGUGGUAUGCACUGCAGGCAUCUCGGGCGGUCAACCAGGCGAUUGGGCGCGUCAUUCGCCAUCGUAACGAUUACGGUGCUAUCCUGCUGUGCGAUGCUCGGUUCCAGAACGCACACCAGCAGAUGCAACUGUCAUCGUGGGUGCGCAGCCAUCUGGUGCACGAUCCUAAUCAGCGCUUCGGUACGGUGAUUAAGGACCUUGCCAAUUUCUUCCGCAUCGCCAAGAACACCGCUAUGCCAGCUGCUCAACGCGAGUUCCAAGAGAAAGAUACUGGCAUCGGGGACAAGGUCAACGACAGCAAAUUGUGUUCCACGAGUACAAAUCAACUCCAGCUGCCGAGGGAUGCGAAGGGCACUGUUUCCGACGGCAAACGAUUGCCAUUACAACCAUCCUUGUCUCAAUUGCCCUUCUCCAUCGACGAAUAUCUGACCGCACCGCCGAACGCGCUGCUCUCUAAGAGUGAGGCAACAAGUGGGAUGCUGGGCAAGCUGGAAUCGGCUACCAAUUCCGUCAAUAUUAGUAACCCGCUAGACUAUUGCGACCAACGGUUACCAAAAGACAAUCAGACUCUAAAACGAGGGCCUCAAUCGCUUUGUUCCUCUACCGUGAUCGACGAUGGUGGAAAUAACGAGGGAAGAAAAUUUAAAAAACCGAAAUUGGUGAUGGUACCGUCCGGGAGCAUCAAGUACGAAACGGAGAAUGAACAGUUACCGUGCAGCAGCAGCUCCUCUUCCACAAUUGCAGAGCCGGCCUCCACCGAAGGAAGCAUCGAUCUCGGUGACAGCUCGGACAGUUUGAAGCUUAUGAAGGCCAUUAAGCGUUCCAUCAAUCCGACGCUGUAUAAAUUGUUUCUCCGUACGAUCGGUCAAUACUGUGCAGAUCAUGACUUUGAGCGAUUCUACAGCAACAUUCUCCAGUGCAUUGGUGCACCCGAACAUCGCCAUAUAGUUAAAGAUCUGCGCAAAUUUGUCCUCGCGAAGCACAAAGAGCAAUUCGACGAAGAACUGAAAAAGCUAACGUAAGGUAAUGCCCGGACGGCUGUACAAAAGUAAUCUUGAGGCAAAGCAGUUGGAAGAGCAAUGCUACCGGCUG